GUUGCUGCUGCCAACAGUUUUUCUCAUGAAAUAGAAAACUUCAGUUUAAGACAAGCCAUCCGAAAGAGAAGUAUUCAGUGGAUAGAUUCUUAUCAGUUAGACAGCCUACGUCCUCUACAGCGUAUAAAAAGGACCUGGGUUAUCACCACCAUUGAUAUUCAAGAGGAAGACAAAGGACCAUUCCCAAAAUACGCUGGACAGCUGUUCAAUAACAAAGCAUAUAAUGCAACAGUAAGAUAUUUAAUCAGUGGAUCUGGGGUAGAUGAACCUCCAGAAAUUGGAUUGUUUUCUAUAGAAGAUGAUGCAAAUGGACAUGUGUAUGUACAUCGUACUAUUGACAGAGAAAAGACCUCGAUUUUUCAGAUACGUUUUGAUAUUGUGCACAGAAAAACUGGUGAGCCCUUGGACCACCCUUUAUUUUUCAAGAUAAAGGUUAAAGAUAUUAAUGACAACGCACCUGAGUUUUUGAAGAAGGAGCACAGCAUUACAGUAAGAGAGAACCACAGUAAAGAUGAGCCAGUUUUCCAAGUUACUGCCUUGGACAAAGAUGAAGGCGGCACUGCAAAUUCUCAGGUGUCCUAUUCUCUAAGUAUGCAAAUGCCCCUUCCAGAUGGAUUCAUAUUUAAUAUUGACCCUACCACAGGAUCAAUAAUUCCAUCAGGAUGCCUGGAUUAUAAGACUGCCAACUCUUUCAAACUUCUGAUUAAAGCCAGUGACCAUGGAACUCCCCAACUGUCAUCUACUGCAACAGUGAACAUAGCUGUUGAAGAUGCAAACAACCACCUCCCUGUAUUUACUAGUGAUAAUUACCAGCUGCAGGUUUCAGCAGGUCAAGAACAUCCAGCUAUAUUGCGGCUCCAAGUGGAAGAUAAAGACUCUCCCAACACUCCAGCUUGGAGAGCAAAAUACAGAGUAGUAAAAGGCAAUGAGAAGGAACAGUUCACCAUUGAGUCAGAUCCAGACACAAAUGAAGGCAUUUUGAGUAUUAUCAAGCCUCUCAGCUAUGAAGAAGGCUCUGAGAUGAGACUUGUUAUUUCUGUAGCAAAUGAAGAACCUUUCUUCUUGUGCAAAAAUGGCAAUGUGAUGAUCUCAAGCCUAGAAUCCACGAAUACAACUGUGAACAUUGAGAUUUUACAGUCACGACAUGCUCCUAGGUUUCAUCCUCCUAUACUUAUUGUCCAAAAAGAAGAUUCAAUGAAGCCUGGGAGAGUAUUUAGAAGGUAUCCUGCCACAUAUCCAGAUGAUGUGCCAAAUAAGAUAAAAUAUGAAUUAGCCCAUGAUCCAGAUGGUUGGCUGAGUGUGGAUGAGAAUUCUGGAGUUCUCACUGUGGCAAGAGAAUUUGAUCAAGAAUCUCCUUAUGUGAACAACAGCCUGUACACCAUCAUCCUUCAUGCUAUUGAUCAUGGUAUUCCACCACAGACUGGUACUGGCACCAUCCUGCUUUAUUUGUCUGACAUCAGUGAUCGUAUGCCAACAUUAGCAUCUCCUUCUUUAGACGUGUGUGACAAGAAAGAAGGGAUGUCUUUCAUUAUAAAAGCUGAGUCUGCUCCAUUCCAUUCACAUUCUGGGCCAUUUACAUUUGAGCUACCUGAGGACUCUGAAGAUGUGAAGCAUAACUGGAAAUUAGGAAGGUACUUCGGUUAUCAGUGUAGCUAUGCCAGAAUGCAGCAAGACUCAGGUCUCUUUGCCCAGAAGGCUCAGCAAGGAAAGUCAGUUGAACUUUUAAUGUUAAGAAGCCUCCCACAAGGUAGCUACUUGGUACCCAUCGUGAUUCAGGACACGCAAGGAUUUUCUUCAAGGCAGAAUCAGCAUGUUAGGAUCUGCUUUUGCCCAGAUGGACAUACAUGUAAAGAUUCACCAGUUCCACAAGCAGCAGUGGGACUUGGAGGUGGUGCCAUUGCAAUAAUACUGUUGUCUUUCUUCUUACUUCUGGUUCUCAGUACUCUGCUUUGCCGAUUUUACAUGCAAAGAUCUAAAAGCAAAGCCAUUGUUCCAACUCAAGAGGGUGAACAGACUUUAAUGAACUAUAAUGAAGAGAGCAGAAUGUCUUUGUCUCAAGCCAAGCUGGAUACUACAGAUUGUGCUGCUGUACCACCUGGGUCUGUGGGGACUGGAACAGAAGUGAUUGCUGAGGAUGGCCUGAACAUUAAUUACCAGAUAUUCCGAGUUAGACAGCUUGAUUCCAUCAUGCAGACAGUGGGUAAAAUACUGGGUCAGAAACUAUAUCACCAAAACACCCUGGAAGAUUAUGGGGCUAUAUAUGAACCUUACAGAUAUGCUGAGGAAGGAGAACUAGAGCAAAAUAACUCCUGCUCUGUCUCCAUUGACAGCGAGGACUUGCCUGUUGAUUUUUUGAGCACUCUGGGACCAAAGUUUUAUGCUCUGGAAGAAAUCUGUGAGAAGCGAUUUCCGUCAUUCAAUUAA